UUUGUUGUUGUUUGUUGAUGUUUGUUGAUGUUUGUUUGUUGUUUGUUCGCUGUUCGUGCAUGCAGGAUGCCAGCGCCGGAGCCCCCACGUCCUGGCCACUGCUGCAUGCACACAAGCCCCUUCCCCGGGCUCACUCGCUGGAUGACAAACACGCUACGGCCCCAGGCACCUCCAGGCACUCGCAGGCACCUGUGGAGUCGUCUAGACACCCCCAGUCACCUGUAGAGUCAUCUAGACACCCCCAGUCACCUGUAGAGUCAUCUAGACACCCCCAGUCACACACAGAGUCGUCUAGACACCCCCAGUCACCUGUAGAGUCAUCUAGACACCUCCAGUCACCUGUAGAGUCAUCUAGACACCUCCAGUCACACACAGAGACAUCUAGACACCUCCAGUCACACACAGAGAUAUCUAGACACCUCCAGUCACCUGUAGAGUCAUCUAGACACCUCCAGUCACCUGUAGAGUCAUCUAGAUACCUCCAGUCACCUGUAGAGUUAUCUAGACAUCUCCAGUCACCUGUAGAGUCAUACAGACACCCGCAAUCACACGAAGAGUCAUACAGACACCUACAACAUCUGCAGUCACCCGCAGAGUCAUACAGACACCCGCAGUCACCCGUGGAGUCAUACAGACACCCGCAGUCACGCGUCGGGUCAUUCAGACACCUGCAGUCACCUGUAGAGUCAUCUAGACACCUCCAGUCACACACAGAGUCAUCUAGACACCCCCAGUCACCUGUAGAGUCAUCUAGACACCUCCAGUCACCUUUAGAGUCAUCUAGACACCUCCAGUCACACACAGAGUCAUCUAGACACCUCCAGUCACCUUUAGAGUCAUCUAGACACCUCCAGUCACACACAGAGUCAUCUAGACACCUACAGUCACCUGUAGAGUUAUCUAGACACCUCCAGUCACCUUUAGAGUCAUCUAGACACCUCCAGUCACACACAGAGUCAUCUAGACACCUCCAGUCACACACAGAGUCAUCUAGACACCUACAGUCACCUGUAGAGUCAUCUAGACACCUCCAGUCACACACAGAGUCAUCUAGACACCUCCAGUCACCUGUAGAGUCAUCUAGACACCCCCAGUCACCUGUAGAGUCAUCUAGACACCUCCAGUCACCUAUAGAGUCAUCUAGACACCUCCAGUCACCUGUAGAGUCAUCUAGAUACCUCCAGUCACACACAGAGUCAUCUAGACACCCCCAGUCACCUGUAGAGUCAUCUAGACACCCCCAGUCACCUGUAGAGUCAUCUAGACACCCCCAGUCACACACAGAGUCGUCUAGACACCCCCAGUCACCUGUAGAGUCAUCUAGACACCUCCAGUCACACACAGAGUCAUCUAGACACCUCCAGUCACCCGUAGAGUCAUCUAGACACCUCCAGUCACCUGUAGAGUCAUCUAGACACCUCCAGUCACACACAGAGUCAUGUAGACACCUCCAGUCACCUGUAGAGUUAUCUAGACACCUCCAGUCACCUGUAGAGUCAUCUAGACACCUCCAGUCACACACAGAGUCAUCUAGAUACCCCCAGUCACCUGCAGAGUCAUAUAGACACCUCCAGUCACCUGUAGAGUUAUCUGGACACCUCCAGUCACCUGUAGAGUCAUCUAGACACCUCCAGUCACACACAGAGUCAUCUAGAUACCCCCAGUCACCUGUAGAGUCAUCUAGACACCUCCAGUCACACACAGAGUCAUCUAGACACCUCCAGUCACCCGUAGAGUCAUCUAGACACCUCCAGUCACCCGUAGAGUCAUCUAGACACCUCCAGUCACCUGUAGAGUCAUCUAGACACCUCCAGUCACCUGUAGCGUUAUCUAGACACCUCCAGUCACCUGUAGAGUCAUCUAGACACCUCCAGUCACCUGUAGAGUCAUCUAGACACCUCCAGUCACACACAGAGUCAUCUAGACACCUCCAGUCACACACAGAGUCAUCUAGACACCUACAGUCACCUGUAGAGUCAUCUAGACACCUCCAGUCACCUUUAGAGUCAUCUAGACACCUCCAGUCACACACAGAGUCAUCUAGACACCUCCAGUCACCUGUAGAGUCAUCUAGACACCCCCAGUCACCUGUAGAGUCAUCUAGACACCUCCAGUCACCUAUGGAGUCAUCUAGAUACCUCCAGUCACCUUUAGAGUCAUCUAGACACCUUCAGUCACCCAUAGAGUCAUCUAGACACCUACAGACACCUGUAGGGUCACCUAGACACGUCCAGUCACAUGUAGGGUCACCUAGACAACUCCAGUCACCCGUAGAGUCAUCUAGACACCUCCAGUCACCUGUAGAGUCAUCUAGACACUUCCAGUCACACACGGAGUCAUCUAGACACCUCCAGUCACACACAGAGUCACCUACACACCUUAAGUCACCUGUAGGGUCACCUAGACACCUCCAGUCACCUGUAGGGUCACCUACACACCUUCAGUCACCAGCAGGGUCACCUAGACACCUCCAGUCACCUGUAGAGUUAUCUAGUCACCUCCAGUCACCUGUAGGGUCACCUACACACCUUCAGUCACCAGCAGGGUCACCUAGACACCUCCAGUCACCUGUAGAGUUAUCUAGUCACCUCCAGUCACCUGUAGGGUCACCUAGACACCUCCAGUCACCCGUAGGGUCACCUGCAGGGUCACUCGUGCACGUCCAGUCAUGCGUGGAGGCGCCCUGGCGCGCAGGCGACCGGGAGCCGCCAGGGACGGGACCCCCUCAGACUCCCACCGCCGCUCCGCCCUGGGGGGACGGGCGGCCCAAGACGCUGGACUGGGCCGAGUUCCGCACCGUGGAGCAGGCCCUGGAGCGCGCCGGCGUGGCCCGCCCGCCGGCGGGGCGGGAGACGCCGGGGGAGACGCCGGGGGAGGCGGCGGGCGGCCUCGGCUUUGCCGACGGCGCCGGCGAAGCCGGGGCCGCCGGGACGCCCCGCGGCCGUCGCGGCCCGCGGCCCGGCCUCUCCGAGGGGGUCGGCGGUGCCGAGGCCGCGGCGCCGGCGCUGGAGGAGGAACGGAGGAGGCGGAGCGAGGAGCGGCGCGCGUUCUUCCAUUCGGCGGCGGCCGAGGAAGGCCGGGCGGCCGCCCGGCCGGACGGCGGCCCGGGCGGCCGCGGAGGAGGGGCGCCGGCGCCGCCCCCGGGUUGGACGGCCGCCGCGGAGGGACGGCGGCGGCGGCUCCCCGGGCGACGCCGGGGGCGGCGCCCGGCUCAACGGCCACGGGGCCGAGGGGACGCCGGACGGCGGCCCGCGACUCGGCGGCCGCGGCUCUCGCCGGGCGGAGGAGGGGAGGCCCGGCCGCGGAGGUCGGUGGAGGCGACGCCGGUGCGGGAGCGCCGCAUGGUGCCCAUCGCGUCCGUGAGGCCCGCGGCGCCGCAGCCGGACGCCGAACGGCGGCUCCAGGCGCAGGUCGGUGGCCGCAAUCGACGACGGUGA